GAUUCGAGCAAAACGGAAAGAGUAGCAUUCGCGACGAAUUCCCGGAGAAAAAUACGAGGUGAAUUAGUACAUAGAAUAACGCGCGCGAAAUUUGAAGUCCGAUUGUUACUGCGGCAAGUGCGAGGAGCCCUAGUGAGACAGUUCUCUCUGGUGUCCUUGGAGACAUCUGGUGGCUCAACCAAAACACAUAAAAUUGAUUGAAAACGGUCGUUGGAACUUUACACACGUUUCAAGGCGUAGCUUGUACAUCAGUUCAUCAGUGGCUUAAGUUAGAAGUUGCACAUAAUUCCAAUAAUGUUGCUGGUCCAGGCGGCAUUGGUGGGAGCAUGUCUGCUAGUCUUUCCGGUAGCAACGUUCGAUUUGGGAGAUCUGGCCAAACGCACCGGCGAUGUGGCCAAGGUAGCCGGUAGAACGGCAGUAGGAGUGGCCACCAAAUUACCCGAGAUUUUUACCCCGGAACAGCUGCUUGAUUUCGGUAAGCAGUCGAUAGCAGGUGUCCCUUUGGAAGCUCUGGCUGCAACCAUCAAUAAGAUAUGUUCAAUAGCCGUUUCCACAAAUGCGACAGAAUCGGAAAGUUCUGUAAAUAUUUCGGAAAUGAAUUAUGUUUUGAUGACCAACGAUAACAACCUAACUAUUCCUCUGCUUGAAUCGGAUGACCUUUGGAGUAAUUCCGCCUUCAAUGAAUCCAUAAAUACAGUGAUCUUGGUUACGGGAUGGACUUCGAACAUCAAAGGACCCAGCAAGACCAUCGACACGUUCUACCUGGCUUACCAGGAACGAGGGGAUAACAAUUUCAUAGUUAUUGACACCUCCCAGUACGUGGACACCCUGUACACGUGGUCUGCCUUCAAUACAAAUGAACUGGGUAAAGCUUUGGCCAAGGGAUUGGAAGGCCUUAUCAAGUAUGUUCCAAUAGGAAAUAUCCAUUUAAUUGGACACAGCUUGGGGGCACACAUCGUGGGAUCUGCUGGGCGGCACUUCCAAUUCCUGACCAACCAGUCACUUCCUCGGAUAACCGGGCUGGAUCCGGCGAAUCCAUGCUUCAACGAAGGCGAAGCGUUGAGCGGAAUAGCGCGUGGAGAUGCUGACUUCGUAGACAUCAUUCACACUAACUCUAAAGUUCUCGGAAAACGGGAUCCAAUUGGCGAUGCCGAUUUCUAUCCCAAUGGGGUUGUUUCUGUCCAGCCCGGCUGCCUAGAUCCGGCAUGUUCCCAUGCUCGGGCCUGGGAACUGUUCGCGGAAACGGUCGUCCCCGGAAAGGAAAACAACAUGAUGGCUACCAAGUGUAAUUCGAUUUCUUCCCUGGAUACCGGAGCAUGUCCGGGUAGGUCCAUUCCUAUGGGUUAUGCUUGUCCAAAAACGGCCAAGGGUAGCUUCUUCCUGAAGACCAAUAACAAGGCACCGUUUGGUUACGUUAAGAAGUAACGUCCUACUUUUGAAUGUUUAGGAAUAAGUGUCUUAUUAUAUUAACAAUACUGAAAUCGAAUCGUUGUACGAAAUGUUUCCGUUUUAUUUA